GUUGUUGUGGACAAAGACAAAGAAAAUUGGCGGCGAAAAAAAAAAAUAAAUAAACAUUUGGCGACAAUAAUCUUAACCUCAAAAAAUGUGUGUUAUACUAAUCAUCAUCAUCAUCAUCAUUCGAUUGUUAAUCAGUCGUAAUGUGUGUGUGUGUGUGUUGUGUGUGUGUGUGUGUGUAUUUGUUAUGUCUGCAUUUACCGAAUAAAUUUUGCUUGGUAUCGUCAAAACAUUACCUGUGGUGUGCGUAUGUGUCUGCCUGCAUGCCUGCCAAUUGUCUUGGUGUUUUCAAACUUUUGAAUCUGAAAAAGUAUUUAUCGAUUUUUUUCUUUUUUGUUUCUUUUCAAGAAACUCUAAUCGUAUGUCGGCUUAUUCAAUUCAUUCGAAUCAUGUACAGAGAAUAACAUAAGACAAUAACGAAAGGAAUUUCAAAAUUUAGUGUGUAUGUGGUGGUAUUGAUGAUGCUCGCCGUAGUUGGUGAUGAUCGCGGAAUCUUUAUUUUUUUUGAACUUGGAGGGAUAAAAAAAUCUGGUCAUUUUUGGUUGCCACAUUCCUGGUGGUUACUCUGUUACGCAUGAUUCGAAUGAAUUUUUUUUUUUUUAUGACAUUAACGAAAACGAGCAAAAAAAAAACCAGAAGAAAUAAAAUUAGUAAAUGAUGAUGACAACGUGCUCAUAACCCUAUCUGUACUUUUUAUCAACGUGUGUGUGUGUGUGUUUUUUUUUGUUUGUUGUGGCUAUUUUUCUGACAUAACCCAAACAAACACGCAUAAACACAAACGCACACACACACAAAAACAAAGGCGGAGUGUAAACGACACUACCAAAUAUUUUUCAUGGUCAAUGCUAUAACUUAUAGUUUUUUUUUUAUUUCGAAAAAAAGAGGUCGCAUGCCUUUUGUUGACACGCAACCCUUGUUGUUCUUGUUGUUGUUGAUUGAUCAUUGAAGAAAACAAAAAACGAAAUUCUAAAAAAAACCUAGCAAAUCUCCACACACUCCUCAAGUAGAAGCAGCAACAACAAAAUUUGAAUCAAAUCGAGUUUGAGCCGUUUAAAAGUUCAACGUACUUGUCCAUUAGUGUUUCAUUCGUGAAAAUUCAUCAAGAAGAAAAAAAAAAACGCAACCAAUUUGGUUUCACGUCUCAAUUUGUUUUUUUCUGGUCUUCAUGUUUGUUUAUUAUUUGGUGAGAGAAGAAGAAAAAAAAAUUGUUUUUAAUACCAAUAGUCAAAAUGUUCAUACCGAUUUUAUUUCUUCCGGUCAUUUUGAUCCAUUGCCGUUUGGUGAUUGGUGCACCUGUUUCCGAAAUCGAUUCAUCACCAUCACCAUCAACAUUAUUACCACCGUCAUCGAUAAUAGUACCAACUGUUGCAUCUGUACAAAUAUUAUCAACAUGUCAACCAGGACAAUAUUUUAAACGUGAUUGUAAACUUUAUAUUAGCUGUGAAAAUGGUAAAUGGCGUAGAAAUUUUUGUCCAGAAAAUAAAUAUUGGAAUCAAAUUGCAAAAAAAUGUGAUGACAUUCAUAAUGUGCCUGAAUGUUAUGAAAUGUCUCUAGAAAUACAACGUGAUGCUAGAUCAAUGAUGCAAGCUAAGCUGCGUUCAUCCAAACAACAACCACAAUCAUCAUUGUUAUUGGGUAAUAAUCCAGUCGAAGAAGAAAAAGAAAUUGAAUAUGAUCCAGAUGAUGACAAUGACAAUGAUAAUGAACAGAAUCAAAAAAAAUCGAAAAUUGUGACAAAAAUUUUGGAAAAACCAUAUUUCUCAUCAAAAGAUUAUGAAGAUUAUGAUGAUGAUACUGAUGAUGAUGAUUUUGAAGAUGAAAAAACAAUGGAAAUUAAUCAACCAAAACAAUUAUCACAGCCAACAAAACGAAGCCAUAAUCAAGAUGAAGAAAAAUUUAUUAAAAAUGAUAUCAUUACUAACGAUCGUAUGGUGACAAUGAAUAAACGAAAAAAAUCCAAAUCCAAUUAUCAACGAUCAUCGACAAUGACCACGACACCAAUGAUGAAUACAUAUGGUAAAAUUUGUAUUGUACGUGGUAAACAAAUUGAAUGUCAUGAUGAUGAUGAUAGCAGUGUUACCACGACAAGUAGUACUACGACGGCCACGACAUUAUCGACCACGACACCUGGUUCGAUUGAUGAUGAUCAUCAAAAAUCAGUCAUUAAUAAAUGUAAAACCGAUAUCAUCGAUCAUAAUGAUCAACGAAAAGUGCAUUCAUAUUCAUUUACAAUUGAAAUCAAUAUUGAUGAUCGAAUAUUUGAACGUAUUGAACGUUUUAUCAGACUUAUUAUCUAUUAUAUUAGCUUUCAAUUUAUGUAAAUUUGAUUUGUUGUUUGAUGUAAAUUUUUUCUUUUUGUCACGAAAAUACAUUUUAUUCAUGUGUAAAUAAUAUAUCAUUCUGAUAUGCAAUUUCCAAUAAAAAAAAACAAUAAGCAAUCAA